UUAAAUCUUAGUCCUUUUUAAUUUUUAGAAGCAGAAAGAGAGAAAGAGCAUGUGUGCAUGCUCCCAAUGAUUGUUCACGUCCCAAAUGUCUGUAGCAGUCUUGUCUGGACCAGGUCUGAAGCUGGGAGCUGUCAAAGCAAUCCAAAUGCCCCAUGUCAGUGUCAGGAAUCACUGGAGCCACUACCGCUGCCUCCUGGGCAAUGCAUGCAAGGAAGAUGGAGUCAGGAGAUAGAGGAAAUGGAAGAUAAAGUGACUAGUCCAGAGAAAGCUGAAGAAGCAAAAUUAAAAGCAAGAUAUCCUCAUCUGGGACAAAAGCCCGGAGGUUCAGAUUUCUUAAGGAAACGAUUGCAGAAAGGGUUUGCCAGGGUUUGGAUCCCUGAUCCAGAGGAAGUUUGGAAGUCAGCAGAGCUGCUGAAAGAUUACAAACCAGGAGACAAAGCCCUCCUGCUUCACCUCGAGGAAGGAAAGGAUUUGGAAUAUCACCUAGAUCCAAAGACCAAGGAGCUGCCUCACUUACGAAACCCUGACAUACUUGUGGGUGAAAAUGACCUCACGGCUCUCAGCUAUCUUCAUGAGCCUGCUGUGCUCCACAAUCUCCGAGUCCGCUUUAUUGAUUCUAAGCUUAUUUAUACAUACUGUGGUAUCGUCUUAGUAGCUAUAAAUCCCUAUGAGCAGCUGCCCAUUUAUGGAGAAGAUAUUAUUAAUGCAUACAGUGGUCAGAAUAUGGGUGAUAUGGACCCACAUAUCUUUGCAGUAGCUGAAGAAGCUUACAAGCAAAUGGCCAGAGAUGAGCGAAAUCAGUCCAUCAUCGUAAGUGGAGAGUCUGGGGCAGGAAAAACAGUCUCAGCUAAGUAUGCCAUGCGAUACUUUGCAACUGUGAGUGGCUCUGCCAGUGAGGCCAAUGUUGAAGAAAAGGUCCUUGCCUCCAACCCCAUCAUGGAGUCAAUUGGAAAUGCUAAAACAACCAGGAAUGAUAAUAGCAGCCGUUUUGGGAAGUAUAUUGAGAUUGGCUUUGACAAGAGGUAUCGAAUUAUUGGUGCCAAUAUGAGAACUUACCUUCUAGAGAAGUCCAGAGUGGUAUUCCAGGCAGAAGAGGAGAGAAACUAUCAUAUCUUCUAUCAACUUUGUGCCUCAGCAAAUAUACCUGAAUUUAAAAUGUUGCGAUUAGGAAAUGCAAAUAACUUUCAUUAUACCAAUCAAGGAGGCAGCCCUGUGAUAGAAGGAGUGGAUGAUGCAAAGGAGAUGGCACACACAAGGCAGGCCUGCACGUUGCUGGGCAUUAGUGAGUCUUAUCAAAUGGGAAUUUUCCGAAUACUUGCUGGUAUCCUUCACUUAGGCAAUGUUGGAUUUGCCUCUCGAGAUUCAGACAGCUGCACAAUACCUCCCAAGCACGAACCUCUCAGCAUCUUCUGUGACCUCAUGGGUGUUGACUAUGAAGAGAUGUGUCACUGGCUCUGCCAUCGGAAGCUGGCCACUGCCACAGAGACAUACAUCAAGCCCAUCUCCAAGCUUCAGGCCACAAAUGCCCGUGAUGCUCUGGCCAAGCACAUCUAUGCCAAGCUCUUUAACUGGAUCGUGGAUCAUGUCAAUCAGGCUCUCCAUUCUGCUGUCAAACAGCACUCUUUUAUUGGCGUGCUAGACAUUUAUGGAUUUGAAACAUUUGAGAUAAAUAGUUUUGAACAGUUUUGCAUAAAUUAUGCAAAUGAAAAGCUACAACAACAAUUCAAUAUGCAUGUCUUCAAAUUGGAACAAGAAGAAUAUAUGAAGGAACAAAUUCCAUGGACGCUCAUUGAUUUUUAUGAUAAUCAACCCUGUAUUAAUCUUAUAGAAUCUAAACUGGGCAUUCUAGAUUUGCUGGAUGAGGAAUGUAAGAUGCCUAAAGGUUCAGAUGACACUUGGGCCCAGAAAUUGUACAACACACAUUUGAGCAAAUGUGCACUCUUUGAAAAACCUCGUCUAUCCAAUAAAGCUUUCAUCAUCCAGCAUUUUGCUGACAAAGUGGAAUACCAGUGUGAAGGCUUUCUCGAGAAGAACAAAGACACUGUUUUUGAAGAACAAAUUAAAGUUCUUAAAUCAAGCAAGUUUAAGAUGCUUCCAGAACUAUUUCAAGAUGAUGAGAAGGCCAUCAGUCCAACCUCAGCCACCUCUUCAGGACGCAUACCCCUCACCCGCACACCUGCCAAGCCCACCAAAGGUAGACCUGGCCAGAUGGCCAAGGAGCACAAGAAAACAGUGGGGCACCAGUUCCGAAACUCCCUUCACCUGCUUAUGGAGACCCUCAAUGCCACUACCCCUCACUAUGUGCGCUGUAUUAAGCCUAAUGACUUCAAGUUCCCAUUCACAUUCGAUGAGAAAAGAGCUGUGCAGCAACUGAGAGCAUGUGGGGUCCUGGAGACCAUCCGAAUCAGCGCGGCAGGCUUCCCCUCCCGUUGGACUUACCAAGAAUUUUUCAGCCGCUACCGUGUCCUAAUGAAGCAAAAGGAUGUACUGAGUGAUAGAAAACAAACAUGCAAGAAUGUAUUAGAGAAACUGAUACUGGACAAGGACAAAUACCAGUUUGGUAAGACAAAGAUCUUUUUCCGUGCCGGUCAAGUGGCCUAUCUAGAAAAACUGCGGGCAGACAAACUGAGGGCUGCCUGCAUCCGGAUCCAGAAGACCAUCCGGGGAUGGCUGCUGAGGAAGAAGUACCUGCGCAUGCGGAGGGCAGCUAUCACUGUGCAGAGAUAUGUGCGGGGCUACCAGGCUCGAUGCUAUGCUAAGUUUCUGCGCAGAACCAGAGCAGCAACCAUCGUUCAGAAGUACUGGCGCAUGUAUGUGGUUCGCAGGAGGUACAAGAUUACACGAGCUGCCACUAUCGUUCUACAGUCUUAUUUGCGAGGCUACUUGGCUAGAAAUAGGUAUCACAAGAUACUCCGUGAGCACAAAGCAGUCAUCAUUCAGAAGUGGGUCCGGGGCUGGCUGGCUCGCACACGCUACAAGAGGAGCAUGCAUGCCAUUAUCUACCUUCAGUGCUGCUUCCGGAGGAUGAUGGCCAAACGUGAGCUGAAGAAGCUCAAAAUCGAGGCUCGCUCCGUGGAGCGCUAUAAGAAGCUGCACAUUGGCAUGGAGAACAAGAUCAUGCAGCUGCAGCGCAAAGUGGAUGAGCAGAACAAAGACUACAAAUGUCUCAUGGAGAAACUGACCAAUCUGGAAGGAAUAUACAACUCUGAGACUGAGAAACUACGAAGUGAUUUAGAGCGUCUUCAGCUAAGUGAGGAGGAAGCCAAGGUUGCCACUGGACGUGUUCUUAGUCUGCAGGAAGAAAUUGCCAAGCUCCGGAAAGACCUGGAACAGACUCAGUCAGAGAAAAAGUCCAUUGAGGAACGUGCAGAUAAAUACAAACAAGAAACUGAACAGCUGGUAUCAAGUCUGAAGGAAGAAAAUACUUUGCUGAAGCAGGAAAAAGAGACCCUUAAUCACCUUAUUGUGGAGCAGGCUAAGGAGAUGACAGAAACUAUGGAGAAAAAGUUAGUAGAAGAAACAAAACAACUGGAACUUGAUCUUAAUGAUGAAAGGUUGAGAUAUCAGAACCUUCUGAAUGAAUUCAGUCGCCUGGAAGAAAGAUAUGAUGACCUGAAGGAGGAGAUGACCCUGAUGGUGAAUGUGCCUAAGCCUGGACACAAGAGAACAGACUCUACCCACAGCAGCAAUGAGUCUGAAUAUACCUUUAGCUCUGAAAUUGCAGAAACCGAAGACAUCCCAUUGCGGACAGAGGAGCCAAGUGAGAAGAAGGUGCCUCUGGACAUGUCACUGUUUCUCAAGCUCCAGAAGCGAGUCACAGAGCUGGAGCAGGAGAAGCAGGUGAUGCAGGAUGAGCUGGACCGCAAGGAGGAGCAGAUGCUGCGCAGCAAGGCAAAGGAAGAAGAAAGACCACAAGUUAGAGGUGCAGAACUGGAAUAUGAGUCACUCAAGCGUCAAGAACUAGAAUCAGAAAACAAAAAACUGAAAAAUGAGCUAAAUGAGUUGCGCAAGGCCCUUAGUGAGAAAAGCGCCCCAGAGGUGACUGCUCCUGGUGCACCUGCCUACCGUGUCCUCAUGGAGCAGCUGGCCUCUGUGAGUGAGGAGCUUGAUGUCCGAAAGGAGGAAGUCCUCAUCUUGAGGUCUCAGCUGGUGAGCCAGAAGGAAGCCAUCCAACCCAAGAAUACAAUGACAGAUUCCACAAUACUUUUGGAAGAUGUACAAAAAAUGAAAGAUAAAGGUGAAAUAGCCCAAGCCUACAUUGGCUUGAAGGAAACAAACAGAUCGUCUGCUAUGGAUUUCCAUGAGUUGAAUGAGGAUGGAGAGCUGUGGCUGGUUUAUGAAGGGUUAAAACAAGCCAACAGACUCCUAGAAUCACAGCUCCAGUCACAGAAGAGGAGCCAUGAGAACGAGGCCGAGGCCCUCCGCGGGGAGAUUCAGAGCCUAAAGGAGGAGAACAACCGGCAGCAGCAGCUGCUGGCCCAGAACCUGCAGCUGCCCCCAGAGGCACGCAUCGAGGCCAGCCUGCAGCACGAGAUUACCCGGCUGACAAACGAGAACUUGUAUUUUGAGGAAUUAUAUGCAGAUGACCCUAAGAAGUAUCAGUCAUAUCGGAUUUCACUUUACAAACGGAUGAUUGACUUGAUGGAACAACUUGAAAAACAGGAUAAGACUGUUCGGAAACUGAAAAAACAACUGAAAGUAUUUGCCAAAAAAAUUGGUGAACUAGAAGUGGGCCAGAUGGAGAACAUAUCUCCAGGACAGAUCAUUGAUGAACCCAUCCGUCCAGUCAACAUUCCCAGGAAAGAAAAGGACUUCCAAGGAAUGCUGGAAUACAAGAAGGAGGAUGAGCAAAAACUUGUUAAGAAUCUGAUUCUGGAACUGAAGCCCCGUGGUGUAGCAGUUAAUUUGAUUCCAGGGUUGCCAGCGUAUAUCCUGUUUAUGUGUGUCCGACAUGCUGACUACUUAAAUGAUGAUCAGAAAGUAAGGUCUUUGCUAACGUCAACAAUUAACAGCAUCAAGAAAGUGCUCAAGAAAAGAGGUGAUGAUUUUGAAACCGUCUCCUUCUGGCUCUCCAACACAUGCCGAUUUCUGCACUGUUUGAAGCAGUACAGUGGAGAAGAGGGCUUUAUGAAGCACAACACAUCCCGCCAAAAUGAACACUGCCUCACCAACUUUGACCUGGCUGAGUAUCGGCAGGUGCUGAGUGACUUGGCCAUUCAGAUCUACCAGCAGCUGGUGCGGGUGUUAGAGAACAUCCUCCAGCCAAUGAUUGUCUCAGGUAUGCUGGAGCAUGAAACCAUUCAGGGAGUGUCUGGGGUAAAGCCCACGGGGCUAAGAAAGCGAACCUCCAGUAUCGCCGAUGAGGGCACCUACACACUGGACUCCAUCCUCAGGCAGCUCAACUCCUUCCACUCGGUCAUGUGUCAGCAUGGCAUGGACCCAGAACUGAUCAAGCAGGUGGUCAAGCAGAUGUUCUACAUCGUGGGGGCCAUCACCCUGAACAACCUCCUGCUGCGGAAGGACAUGUGCUCCUGGAGUAAAGGCAUGCAGAUCAGGUACAAUGUCAGUCAACUGGAAGAAUGGCUGCGUGACAAGAAUCUGAUGAACAGCGGGGCCAAAGAAACUUUGGAACCUCUCAUUCAGGCUGCUCAGCUUUUGCAAGUGAAAAAGAAAACAGAUGAUGAUGCAGAAGCCAUUUGCUCCAUGUGCAAUGCUCUGACUACUGCCCAGAUCGUCAAAGUGUUGAACUUGUAUACCCCAGUUAACGAGUUUGAAGAAAGAGUCUCUGUGUCGUUUAUUCGUACCAUACAGAUGCGUUUACGGGAUAGGAAAGACUCUCCUCAGCUGCUCAUGGAUGCUAAACACAUCUUUCCUGUCACCUUUCCCUUUAACCCAUCCUCCCUCGCGCUAGAAACAAUCCAGAUCCCAGCCAGCCUGGGCCUGGGAUUCAUUGCACGGGUCUGAAAGUGAUAUCCAGGCAAAUGUGGACAGUGCAUCUCUUGCCUGGAGUAAGAACCCAUUAUUUCCAGUGAGCUACUGAAAGUAACAGGUUUGAAGAGGAAGUACUGAUUUCUCUCUCAAACAAGAGGCUGUUAACUGGAAACCCCCCUGGAAUACUUCCAUCAUCACCUGGAAAGAAAGAUAGGCUCCUGUGUGCUAUGCUACCUUUAUAGCAACACCCAUCCUUGAUCAGCUAGGUAUCCUGAGUUUACAUACAGGUGAGUGAGUGAAGAAGGAAAGGAGAGAAAGAAGGAAGGAAAGGAAAGAAGGCAGAAAAAAAUGUCUUUAGCUGCCAGCAUUUAUUUCAAAUCCUCAGUACUGCACUCACAUGGUAUAAAAAGCAUAAAUUCCAUAUAUGAGCUGUUGGUCAGAAAACAUCAGCGAAGAACCUCCUCUGCACUGAACAGAAGACUUGAAAGAAAACUUGCCAUUGAACACAUAUCUCACCAGGUUAGCCAUCAGCUGUGUGGAUACCACCAGACUGGAUGAAAGAAAUAAACUGGCAGUAUGAAAAGUAAUUGGUCAAAUAGCUUCCUUAUUUGUGUCACUAUGAUAUAGAGAUAUUAAAAGAGUGUUGGUUUGCUAUAGAGCAUAGAUGUCCAUUGGUACUGUAGUUUACUGAGCAUUUCAAAUUGCUGCUACAUGCUGUCUUCUUAGAAUGUAAGCGAUAUUCUUAUUAGAUGCUGUAACAAUAAGCUUCUCUUUUACCAACUGUUUACAAUUCCAUCAGAUAACAGUUUUAACUGGAUUAUAUGCAAAUGGUCUGCAGAUUCAUCUGCAUAAGUAACAGGCACUGGAUGUCAUUUAUUAAUAUGACAAAAUGCUUGACACUUAGGAGUAGGAUCGGGCAGGGUGGCGAUUGUUGACGUUGGUACUGAUCCUGGAUGCAUUACCUUGAUGUGCUCACUUGUUUUCCCUGGCUGGAUAUUGCAUCAGGCUGCAGUGUUUGUGAAGUGACUUUAGUUACCAGAUCUGAUUCCUGCCCUGUAUGCUUUCAGUCUGGACAGGUUUUCUUUCUUAAUUUAUUAAGAAUUGAUCUCAGUCACUGUCAAGAAAGAAUUGUCAGAAUAUUCAUUAUUCAGGUCUUAAAACUUUGAUUAUCUUAUGAAUUAUGCAAAAGAAGGUAUAUAAUAGGUAUUUAGUUAUGAUUCAGGUUUUUUUAGGCUUUGCAACUUCUAUAAAUGUCCUCAAUUACCAAUAGAUACUUUAAAGAGCAUCAUAUUAGAAAUACUUUAAGAAGACAUAAGUAUAAGAAAAUUGUUGAAUUUUAUAGAGGAUUUGGUUCAAUAAGACCCAGAUUCCAUAAGUUUUCAUUUGAAAUUCUAAAUAAACCUAUUCUCCAUUUUUUCUAGAAGUCUUAUACAGUAAAUCCUUCACGUUGUACAAAAACAAAUUCAUAGCAUUCAUUAGAAACUCUGGUUCCCAAAUACAAGCAUAGAUUUAUAUAAUUUAACUGCUACAUGGUCUAUAAAAAUGACAUAUCUUAUUAAAAUAUGUGCAAUAUUAUUUAUGGAAGUCAAACAGUUUCCCAUCAGUGGCAGAGGUUGUUAUUAAAUGAUGAAUACUGUCUACAAACUUAUUUGGACCUCAGUUUCCUUGUUUAUAAAAUAAAAGGGUUGGACAACUGAUUCUUAAGGUCCAUUCCAGCUCCAGAAUUCUCUCUGAGUGCUUGGCUCAUAGAGAAAGGAGCUGUGGUUGCUCAGUAAGUCCUUCCUCUGGGGGGAGGAUAUGUGUAUAGUGCCUGUAAUUCAUUUAACAAAGCAUAAAUCACAAGUUCUUAAAUGUACAUCAUUUAUGAACAUGUUUCUAGAAAGCCCUAUUCUGUAUGUGUUACUUGAAAGUGAAUUCAUUUAAAUAAUUUUUAUUAUGUACUGCUUUAUUCCAUUUGAAUACAUUUAUUUGUUUGCGACAUCAACCAAAAACACUAAGUCAAUCAGAUUCUCAGUUUUUCCUGGUUGUCAAGGUGGUUUUUAGUGAACACUUAACUCUUACCUCCAUUUGGCUGGUACCAAGUGUGUCCCAGUCUACCGGCAUAGGUGGGACAUGGGUGGGGCAAGUGCUAAGAAUAGACAGUCCUGGUGUAGGCAGUGCACUUGGGCCCUCUGCCCGGCUUAGUCCCCUGUGGAAAGACCCCCAUGCUUCAGCACCUCGUCAGGUAUUCGAGAUCAUGUGGAAGCUCCCACUGCCAUCCCAGCUCCUGUCCUGAAGUGUGUCUGUUCUGAGCCUUGCUCGCUGUCCUGUCUGCUUUCUUUCUGCUGUGCGGUGCUGGAGCUGCUCUCGCACGCCUGGGUGUACGCCCCGUGGCCACUGUGGGAUUUCUCCUGCUCCGGUGAUGGUAGCGCAGAGUUUCUGCUACUGCAGGCCCCACCUUCCUGCAAGCCCCAGAUGGGGACCUGAAUUAACUUCUCCUGGUGACCUGAGGAUUUUGAGUCAUUAUGAUAAUCAAUACCUUACAACCAGGGUUUCCCGGCCUCCCCCAACCCCCCAGACCCGAAAAAUGACCCUGUGUACUACUUUCUUGAGGAUGCAACAAGAUUCUGUUGACCAUAGCUAUCCUUUGGCCAGUCAGGGAAUUGCACACUCUCCUGUCAACCACACUUUCUCACCCAGCUUCACAUGCCCCUCCAGCAGCCUCUCCUUGGCCUGAUUCUCCCUUUCCUCUCCCCUUACCCUCCUCCUGUCUGUCCCAUCCCCUGCUGACUCUCCUGCUGCUGUGUGUUGAAGGCUGGCAGACAGAGUCAGUCCUUAGUUGACCCUAUUGGCCUUCCUAGUGGCCAGUUUUUGCACAAGUUCUUGUUGCUCCCCCUUCUCUGCAGCAGUUCUGUAGUGCUAUCAUGAAUUGGCUUUUUCUUAGUUGCUCUGUGACACACAACAGGAAUUCAGAGGAAGAGAUACUGGGAGCCACAGUGUGGUUCUGGGUCUCACUAGCCCCUUCCCAGCGCCCUCCCCCACCAUAAGCUCGGACUGUCUCACCCUUGGGGUGCAGAGCUGAAACCUUAGUGGCAGUGUCACUUUCUCCAGCUUUUCACAGGUUGAGGCUUUGCUCUGCCUGAGAGUCGCUCUAAGAGUGGAGAAGAUGAACAUGGCACAAAAUCCAAAAGGCAGUUUCCUGAUUCCUCUGGAGUUUUGAAAAUUCCCCACAUACCUGACACUUUUUUCAUCAAAAUAUUUUCCAAAGGCAACUGAUAGGAAAUUUAGAAAUCUGUGUUACUUUUGGUGGUUUGUCUUGUAAUUUUUUUCCCUUCAGUUCUUUCAUUCAGUAGAGAGUUGGCUCUUUCUGGGUAAGUAACAUGUGUAACAUAGAUGGAAUCUGUUGCUAACACAGUGGAGCAGGCUGCAAAAGUAUGUUAUUAGAAUUUAAUGCAGUGAUUGUGGAGGAGAAAUUACUUUCCUGAUAACCCCAAGAACACGGGCACCUGCCACUGUCCUGAAAAGUCCUCACACCUGUUCUCUUCUCUCUCUGCUCACUCUCUCCAUCUCUCCCCAAAGCCACCAGUUCGCAGAGUUAGUCAAGCCACAUAAUCAUGAAGCCUCCGGGCAGUGUUGACUGCUUGGCAGGAAAUAGGCUAGUGUGUGCGGCUCACCCAUCUCUUCUCCAGCUCUUCCUCUGUGGACCUCACGUCCUCCUCCCAGCAGCAGGGGCAGUAGGCAGUGUGCCCCUCUGCUCAUUAGCUGAUGGGAACUUAAGAUGGACCUGCCUGAGGUUCCACAGUCCUUGGCCCUCUGGCAAACCUGCUGUCCCAAGUAUGGCAGUGGCAGCGUGGGCAGACACCAGGAAGGACUACUAAAAAGUCAUGAGGUUACAUCCUUCCCGUCCUGCUACCCAGGGGUGCCCCAGGCCUGCAAGGGAGCCUUUUCCCUAGUCAGAGUUGGCAGCUGGCAUUGGAGCAAGUGCUGAGUAUGAGGGUGUUUGUCAUCCCAACAAGACCAAAUGCCCAGUGCCAGCUGAUUUGCCUGUUUGUCCUAAUUCCCCGCCAUAACUAGACUUGGCUUUGUCAUGAAUCAGUGCUCCCACAGGAGUGGCAGCAGUCUGCAUUUAAGGAUUCAUUAGUAGCAGGCUGCCUGGGCCAAAGAGACAGGAAGCAGUGAAAUCUGCUCCCAGUGAAGAGGAAGGUCACACGCCCUCCACCCCCUCCCCCGGCACUCAGCGGCUCUGCUGGAGCCAGAGGUAAGCCGCGGGGGGCCUGCAGAGACCCUACGGGUGCAGGCUGCCCAACCUAGUUUAGGUCCUCAGCACAGAGGAGCCCAGGCCCUUGGGGCACUUCAGAGGGCUGUCCACCUGGGCAGGCCAGGUACAAACUCAUGUGUUUUUGGACACUACAGUGUGUGCAUGCUACAGGUGUCCACUUUGGAGCUAGGAGGUAUGCUGUUUGCAUGCGUAUUAGAGGCUCUGUGUGUUGCCAUGGCCUCUGUUCAUGGAUAAGUGCAUUGUAAUGUGUUCUCAGGCUGUGCUGUGAGGGCCGCCUUAACCCUCGCUCCCUUCCCUUCUAGAGCUGCCUUAAGUUCUCCAGAACGUCUCCUCUGUGAGGGAUAUCUUGCCUGGAGAGGAUAUCAUGCCAGUUUUCUAAGGUUCUGUGAGGGUUUGGGUUGGGUGUGGCCUCCAACCCCUAAUUCCCUUCUGCCCUUCCUGCAUGCCCUUCCCCUACUGUUACUUUCUCCGUCCUUGCCUUUCUGGUGUUUCCAAACAGGGCUUAGAACUAGGGGCAACAGCAAUCUCAGAACCAAGAAAAAGUCAGUUUCAAGAAUGUUCCUGAGUAAUUGAGACUGUCAUAAGUAAGUGAUGAGUAGAAUACACGGCAGAAUACAGAGAUCAGCUAAAUUCUUGGGAAUACUUGAAUAUCUUGUUUCCCACUAACCCUUUCUUAAUACAGGUAAAGGAGACAACGCUAAAACUUCUUGGACAUUCCAUAAAAAAUAAAUUUUAAGAGCCCUGUACUAUAAAAGAUUGAGUGAAAACAGAAAUGAGUGCUGUAAUUCUAACCCAAUUUAUUAUCCUAAAUUAAACAAUUCAACCUGGAAUUACAGUAGAUUUCUUAAUAGAUCAGGAACUGAAGUGUACUAUGUAAAAUAUCUUUCAAAAUGCAUUUUUAUACAUUUUUUAUUUUAUAAUUUUGUCUUAAAAAAUUUUUAUUGGUUUAAUGGACAUUAUUAAAUUCUGAAAAUGGCUAGCAUCUCCUUAGUACUGUAAGAUUGCUUGAAACACUUGGAAGAAACUGUUUGGGUUUUCCUAAGUUGAGGUUGGUAUAUACAAUUCAGUGGUUGGCAGUCAGUACAUUUUCAUGCAUUUCUCAGAGUCAGUAGUUUCAAAUAUCUUAUUAUUAUCAUGUGGUAUAACAUUUUAGCCUACAUUUCAGGCUCUCUAAAUCACUUGAGCCAUUAUUUUUUUCCAACAAAUGGUGAAUUUUUCCUUUAAAUGUGGAUAUGUAUGUUGUAAUUUAUGAUUCCUAGUUAUGUAUUUUUGUGGGAUCCUGGAGUAACAUUGACUCUGUUAUGUUCUUGGGAAAUUUAAACUGCUCUAACAGUGUUACACAGAAAAUGAGCUCAUAACAUUUAACAUAGUCUAAUUAUUAACCUUAUUUAUUAAUUUAUGAAAUGAACAUGGCUUUUGUCUAUAAUGAAAUUGAAUGUUGCAGUUUUUCAAAUAUUUUCCUCAUUAAUCUGGAGAAAGAAUUCUUUGAUAUGCAUAGAAAAUAGUGAUAGAGUUAACCUUUGAAAUGUUUUUAGGUGAAAUACUCAUCCAUUAAAAGGAAGCAGAGGUACUGAGAAGUGAAAGGCAUUGUCAACUCUAGUUUUAACUUAGCCCAUUCCAGCAUAUCUCACAGGAAAUCUGAAAAAAAUAAUUCACCUCAUAUCAACAAAAACCUGAAACCUGGGUUUUCACUGGAUAUCAUCUAGUGCUAAUAUGAAAGCCAAAAUAAUAUCAGAAUGACAUUUGUGCUCUAAAUUUGUAGUUGUCUGAUGUUGUGCUUAGUAGGUGUGUGUCAUUAAUGCUGUAUUCUCCUAGCUAUCAUAGAAAAUUGUUCAAAUAAAGAUAUGGAUGUAAAGGGGUUUUGUCAUUGUCUUAUAAAUAAAUUCACUACACAUUUUACAACAACACAAGUUGUUUUUCUGAAGACUGGUAAAAGUAAAUGUAACUUCCUCAUGAGAGUAUUCUAAAGAAUCUUGGAAAUUUGAAAGUUGGCAAAUGCCUUCUAUACUGCAAAACAUAGUGACGUAUAUGAUACAGAUGAGAACUGACAAAUAGACACACACACCCCACACACACCUUAAUGCCUUCUCCUGGUGGGGAGAGAGGGGGACAGGAACUGUGUGUGGCCCUGGGAUUAUGCACUAUACUUGGCAGGGUGAGGCUGCUGGGUUCCAGGAGGACUUCAUCCAUCAGCAUGAGU